CUGGCAAUUUCUUUUCUAAAUCUCUGAGAACAUUCUGAAUUUCAGAAUUUAGCUGCAGUACCUAAAUUAUAAUUUAGUGAUAGAAUAGUAAGUAGAAUGUAACACAUUUCAAUUGUGAUUUCAUAACUGCAGAACUCAAAUGACGUUCUUCCUCAGUUAAAUGUGACUUGAGAAGCAUUGUGGAGAUGUGAAAGAAGCAAUGGCAAAAAUAAUAGUUUGGGAACUAGCCUAGCUCGUUUAUAAUUAAAAGGAUUUUAUUUAGUCUAAACAAAAUAUCUUGGAAAAAAAUAAAAAAUAAAUACUGAAUCAAAAUCUGCCCCAAAGUAGGAUUGUGGUUUAGAACAUUAGUCCACCCAUAGUAGCAGUGCAUAGUAGCCAGUCAUGGAAAGUGCUUGCUCUGCUGGUGCGGGUCUGCCUGGCCAUCACAUCAAUGGCACCGGAGGCACGUCUUCACCAAUUUGUAACCAGAGCAUCCUCAAACUCUCCCCCUACACUCCAGAAGCCACAGCAGCCUUUGCAACGGCCAUCACCUUGAUGAUUGUUUUUACAAUUGUGGGCAAUAUUCUAGUCAUCAUUGCUGUUUUAACCAGCCGCUCGCUUAGAGGACCACAGAAUCUCUUCUUGGUCUCUCUUGCAGCUGCAGACAUCUUGGUGGCCACCUUGAUCAUUCCAUUUUCGCUGGCCAAUGAACUGAUGGGCUACUGGUAUUUCCGCUCCGUGUGGUGUGAGAUUUACCUGGCGUUGGAUGUGUUAUUCUGCACUUCUUCUAUAGUACACCUGUGCGCCAUAAGCCUAGACCGCUACAUGUCUAUCUCACGUGCCGUUACAUACAGUGCAAAGCGGACGCACAAACGCAUCAAAUGUGCCAUUUUGGUGGUAUGGUUGAUCUCAGCAGUCAUCUCCUUCCCACCCUUGCUCUCCAUGAACAAGAAUAAAGGUGGGGGGGAUUCAGAUGGGGGACCACAGUGCCAACUCAAUGAUGAGCGUUGGUACAUCCUGUACUCUACUAUUGGUUCCUUCUUUGCUCCUUGCCUGAUUAUGAUCUUAGUCUAUAUGCGGAUCUACCAGAUCGCCAAACAGCGCACUCGUUGUCCACCAGGGGAGCCCCGAAAAGAGGUCACUGCCAACGCCACCACCCCUCAGCACAAGACCCACCCUGAGGGUCUGCAAAAUGGGAGAGGAGAGGAAAUGCCUGCUACCCGGCAGAAAAACCCUACAUUGCCCAGGCCUCCCACUCUCGCUGUGACCAAAGUGGACUCUGCUCAGCUUGGUAACAUGCAGCUUGCAGGUGCCCCAAUCGCAAACAACCUUCUACAACCCCCUUCAACAGCCCCUACACCAACCACUCCAUAUUCUCCUCAAUGCACCUCCCUUUCUCUAUCUCCUUCCAAUUCAUCUGAAAUGGUUCCUAAGAAAGCCAAAGAUGGGAAAAAGGAAAAGAGGACCAAUAAACAGGCAGACAACAAUAAUGAAGAAAGCAUGAGCUCUGACUCAGACACAGAGCAAGGUGGUAGGGGGGUAGAUGUCCCUUGCACCCCCAGUGUAACCCCGAGUGGCAACCACUCUCCUGCCACAAUCCAGAAAUACAGAGAGAUGAUUGCCACAGCAAAAGGGGUAAAGCUGGUGACUCAGAAGGCAAAGCAGGAUGGAACACCUAACUCUACACGUCGCAAAGCCAUGGUGAAUCGAGAGAAGCGCUUCACCUUCGUGCUAGCAGUGGUGAUUGGUGUCUUUGUCAUCUGCUGGUUUCCUUUCUUCUUCUCGUAUAGUCUACAGGCUGUGUGCCCAGAAACCUGUGCUCUCCCAGAGCCCCUCUUUAAAUUCUUCUUCUGGAUCGGCUACUGCAACAGCUGCCUUAACCCAGUCAUUUACACCAUCUUCAACAAAGACUUCCGUAGAGCCUUCAAAAAAAUCCUUUGCAACAGCACCAAAGGCACAUUCUUCUAAGGUUAUUACGGUGGCUUGGCUUCUCAAAUAACAAAUAUAAAUCUAUUCCAAACAUGGACUAGAGAGAAAGACUAAAAACUGCACUAUAACAGUGCUGUUGCAAUGUAAAUGAAGGGCUUUUUGUGCUGCCUGGUUAACCAAGGACACCAUGCUACACUUACAUGACUAUUUUUUGGACCAGGUGACUGCCUCAGGCUUGGGAUUCCUGGACUCAUGCUACUAAAUGGGGCUCAUCCAAAAAUAUUUACUUCAGAGGGAGGGAGAGGGAAUGCAUAGACAAAUCAUGACUGAAAACAAGAAUUUAUUAAAACUAUGGCGCACCUGCAAAGACAAGGUACAGUGUAUGGAGCGCAAGAAGGUUGCUGUGUUUUUGUUAUCUUGCCAUUCUAAGAAUACCAUGCCUUGGGGAUAAUGCAAACAUGAACUUCUGUAGGUAUUUUAAUACAACCAGAAAUAAACUGUUCAAAUUCCCUUCAGUCUUUACUCAGAGCUUAUAAAAGUGACACUUCCCAUACUGAUUAGUCUGUCUUAUGCCUAUACAUUAUUAUUUCUGAUGAACAAAAAAGUGAGUGCACAAAAAUGCUCUUGUGAAACCUUUUGCCAAGGGCGAUGUGUAUUAAAUGAGCUGAUGUAGGUUUUUCCAAUAAAACAUUAAAGCUUAGAUACAGAUCCCUCAAGUGCAGGACCAUAGGGGAGAUUCUCUGCCAUGCCCAUGUCUUCUGCUCCUGUGAUACUCUGUGAAUACAGAACACCUGUCAUGGAUGAGAGAAAGCCUGUCUGUCUCUUUCCACUGGAUUAUCUCACAAAGGUUUGGACUGGUUACUGAUGUGUUGAAGUUGGAUACAAUGGCUUCAAGAAAUGUCAAUACAGUAACAUGUUUACCAUAGAAACAUUUGAUACAUAUUAGGGCAAAUGUCUUUUUUAAUCUUUCCCCUAAUCCUGACAUUUUGCAUCAUCAAAAUGCAUCCUCUAUAUACUUUGAUGACUUUGUCAAAUACCUCCUAAUUUCUUGGACUGGUUUUGGAGGUGCCCUUUCUGACUUCUGGUUCAGCACUUUUCUUUGUAUAAACAAACAACUGAAAAUGUGUUGGUCUAUACUGAUCUACUGCACCCUAAAUGUCUGAUCAUUCAGCAGGGUGAUACUUUGGGACUAAGGGCUGAUUGCAAUUAUGCUUUCUAUUUCUUUGUUCAUUGUCUUUUUGCGGAUGAUCGUUUGUGUGUGAGUGUGUGUGUGUGCGUGCGCACAAAGCAAACACUGAAUGGAAAUGUGAUGUGUCGGAUGUAUGUUUGCAUAUGUGAGAUUGGGUUUGCAUAUGUUGCUAUGUGGAGGUUUUUGUUUUUACGCGAGUGAUGGUGUGUGCUUCCAUUGGCACCAAUUGAAUUAUAUGUGUAUCUUUGUUAUAAAUGUGGCUGUAUUCAAUUUCUGCUGUCUUAUGCCAGUGCUUUUGAUUCAGCUUCUUCUUGUGCCAUUGCUUUUACAUGUUUUGCUGCUAAACCUAUUUAGUAUCUUUUUAAACCAACAAUAAAAUAGUUUGGGUACAUGGCCACUUUUCCUUUUCUAAAAUAAUGUUUUUUUAUGCUGAGAUUGUAGUUCAUUUUGAACGGAUCAUUUUGAGUUUAGAGAAAAUAAAGAAAUAUGUCAAAUAUAAGCUGAAAGCUGUAAAUUAUCCUGGGUUUGUGAACUAUUUUGUAUUUAUUUAUAUCGCUAUUUCCUGUUGUUCCCCCUUAAUAAAUAUUUUCCCCUUUAUUUUCUUCCAUGGGGAAAACAAAUAUUUGAGGAGUUCAGUUUUAGU